AUGGCCUCCCUCACUACAAUCCCCGACGAGCUUCUGCUGCAGAUAUCGGCCCUGCUCGACGAUCAGUGUGAUCGCGCUCGCCUCGCUCGAGUCUGCAAACGUCUUCGAGAAAUCUUCAAUGGUGAACUCUUCGACCACGAUGCCCGGUUAGACGACAAGCACGCGCUCUGGCAUGCCUGUGUGAGGGGAGACCUCGCCUUGCUACGCCGCGUGUUGCGACACCAUGAGCCCUCAACAGCCAUAUUAAUCAACGCGCCAUUCAAGACGAACCACUAUACUCGCCUACGACAAAUCUGGGGUGACUCCUCAGAAAGCCUGACCCCUCUGGAGAUUGCGAUCAAGAACGCAGACCACUUGAUAGCACGGGAGCUUCUCGAGGCACGUGCUGCUCCCACCUGGCGAGCACUUAUGGAAGCAGUCAGCCUGCAAUUGGAACGUAUUGAUGUCAGGGACUGGCCUUCCCAGAGUUUGGCGGAUGAGUACAACAUGUCCCUGGCUCGUGUCCUCCAUGACAAGAGGCUGCUGAUCGGUCGCCUGAUCAAAGCUGCCCAGACGUGCCAGUUACCUUGCGAAACCCUCCUGCAAGCAACACUGCUUAACCUGAAAGACUGGGCGCCUCAGUUUGGUUUUGCCCGCACGCUUGCCUCCAAAGCAGAGGAGGCAAAUCAGCGCUCAAUCAUCCACAACCACGUGCUUGGACUGAUUCACAUACUGCUUGAACACGUCGGCUCGAGAGUCCCAGCAGGCGAUUUUAUGCACCUGAUUGCCCGGCUCAACCCUCACCAUCAUCUCGACCUACUCAGACUGUUCUUGAGGCAUCACAAAGACGAUCUACUGCCACUACCAGAGAAUCUUCUGUUGGCGUUCUGCUGUUUUCUCCCUUGCAACCCGGUCGCGGUGGAGCUGCUUCUAGAGCAUGGUGCUAGUGUCAACUACCAAAAUGCGAGUGGUCAAACAGCACUUCACAUCCUGUGUUCCAACCACACACAGAUCGAGUCGCGGAGGCAAGUUGCGGAGGUGUUGGUGCGCAACGGUGGUGCUGACCUGACACUCAAAGACAACAAGGGCAAGACAGCAUUCCAGUGUGCGCGCAAGCAGAAGCUGUUUGAAUUGGUCGCUUUGCUGAGAAAGGCGUCCCGCGAACAGACGCAGCCAAAGGCGGACAAGGACCUCCAGCAGGAGGCGAGUUCAUCGUCACCCAUAAAGGACAGCAGUCUGCCUUCACACGAGCCAAAGGUGAAGGGGAACGCGAAGGCGAAGGCAAGGGGAAAGGGAAAGAACAAGCCACGCCAAAUCCGGCGGGAGACCAGCACCCAGACUUCACAAGGGGCAGCAGAAGCAGCCGUGGAAAAGAACGAUAACGCAACAGGUGUUCUGAUCCUCGUGGAAGAGUGGUAG